AUGUCCGUCACCCUACACACUACCAAAGGCGACAUCAAGCUCGAAAUCUUCUGCGAAACCGUCCCUAAAACCGCAGAGAACUUUCUCGCCCUUUGCGCGUCUGGCUUCUACAAUGGAUCGCCUUUCCAUCGCAUGAUUCCCUCAUUCAUGGUUCAGACCGGCUCGCCCGCCUCCGAUGCCAAGUCCAAGACUUCGACCUCCAUUUUCGACACGCCGAACCAGCUCUUCGAAGACGAGAUCAGGCCAGCGCUGAGACACAAUGCCAGAGGAAUCGUGAGCAUGGCGAACAAGGGUCCCAACUCCAACGGCUCUCAGUUCUUCAUCACUUUUGCGCCUGCCCCACACCUGGACGGGAAGAACACCGUGUUUGGCAAGGUUCUGGAGGGCUGGGAAGUCUUGGAUGAUAUAGAGCAGGUGCAGGUGGACAAGAAGUCGCGCCCACAGGAAAGGAUUGAGAUCAAGAAUGUCACCAUACAUGCCAACCCUCUGGCGGGUUGA